CCCGAGGCCAAGCUCCCCAGCAGAAAGGCAGACUAGAUGGUGGGUGAAGUACAGGGAUGUAAACUGCAGUGCGCUGCUGGCUUCACGUGCCUGAGGCUUUCAGCCUUGCUGUGCUUUUCUGAUGCUGUAGGCAAAGAUCAGGCUGGGAAGGUUGGAGCUGUUCAGCCUGGAGAAGAGAAGCUUGCAUGGAGACCUCACAGCAACCUUCCAGUGUCUGAAGGGGGCCUGCAGAGAAGCUGGAGAGAGACUCUUUGUCAGAAAAAUGGCAAACAGGAGCUCUUCAGCACAAGCAGCGUGCUUUCUAAAGACAAAGAUAAAUCUGCUGCUUCCAAAGACAGCACGCAUGAAGGGGUAGCAAAAAAGCAGGAGGAUGGAGCAGAAACACCAAAGCAGAAGCUGUUAGACAUUAUUGGUAAUAUGAAGGUGGAAGUGACCUACAGGAAGAAACUCCAACAACUGAAAGCCAGUGAGAGCAAGAAGCAAGCCAUGAAGCAGCUGGAAGGCCUGGACAGUGAAGGUUCUGUGCCUCAGGGAAUUGCAGAAGACACCCAACGAGGCAAGCCUUUAAAUCCAGAACUGGUGAAGGCUGCUUCUGCAGUUGCAUCUUCCCUUCCACACAACAAGAAACAGACAGUAUCAGAACUCCUUGCACAACUGAGAAGACAUGAAGAAACCACAGAUAAACAGAAGGAGGGGGGAACUAUUAACAUACGCAACGUUAUUUCAGAAAUGACAGUUAAAAAGCAGUCCCCAGCCCAGAGGGGUGCGAGGAUAUCCGGUCGCAUUUCCUUGCAGUUGGAUGAGGAUGGUCAAAGAAUAAGGCGUGAAAGAUCAUCAGCUCAACCUGGGGACUCCAGAAGAAGUCUCAAAGUAGGAAAGAGGCUUAAUAUAUUCACUAAGGCUUCUACAGAACCAGAGCACGCACUGAAAACAGUAUCUUCACCAACAAUUUGGGAUCUGGAGUUUGCAAAGGAAGUUGCAGCAGUAACUGCACAGCCUCCCCGAAACGGCUUUGAGGAGAUGAUCCAGUGGACAAAAGAAGGAAUACUGUGGGAGUACCCAAUUGACAAUGAAGUUGGGAUGGAGGAUGAUGCUGAAUUUCACGAGCAUAUCUUUCUGGAGAAGCACCUCGAAGGCUUUCCCAAGGAAGGACCUAUCCGCCACUUCAUGGAACUAGUCAUCUGUGGGCUCUCAAAAAACCCAUACCUCAGUGUUAAGCAGAAGGUUGAACAUAUUGAGUGGUUUCAGAACUAUUUUGAGGAAAAGAAGGAACUUCUUCAAGAGAUUUGAGAUUUGGGAAAGUGCUUAGCCUUGAGAUGAAGAAUCAUUAUGUCGAGGGGUGUGAUUUCUUAUGGGUGGAAAUACUGUCAGUGCAUAGUGAUCAUGUGGCCUGAAAGUUGUAUUUUAAACAAUAAACUGAAAGGUCAUCUUU